AUGGGUGAGGUGACAGCCGAGGAGGUAGAGAAGUUCCUGGACUCAAACAUUGGCUUUGCCAAACAAUACUAUAAUUUUCACUACCGGGGGAGAGUCAUCUCAGACCUCCUUGGGGCCAAGGAGGCAGCGGUGGACUUCAGCCACUACCACACUGUGAAUAGCGUGGAGGAGAGUGAAAUCAUCUUUGACCUUCUGCGGGACUUUCAGGAGAAUUUGCAGGCUGAGAAAUGCACCUUCAACGUCAUGAAGAAGCUCUGCUUCCUCCUGCGGGCUGACCGCAUGAGUCUGUUCAUGUACAGGACCCGCAACGGCAUUGCAGAGCUAGCCACCAGGCUCUUCAACGUCCACAAGGAUGCUGUCCUGGAGGACUGCUUGGUGAUGCCUGACUCCGAGAUCGUCUUCCCUCUGGACAUGGGUGUCGUGGGCCAUGUCGCCCACUCCAAAAAGAUUGCCAAUGUCCCCAACACAGAAGAGGAUGAGCAUUUCUGUGACUUUGUGGACGACCUCACCGAGUAUCAGACCAAGAGCAUCCUGGCUUCCCCCAUCAUGAAUGGGAAGGAUGUGGUAGCCAUCAUCAUGGCUGUGAACAAAGUGGACGAACCCCACUUCACCAAGAGAGACGAAGAGAUUCUUCUCAAGUACCUCAAUUUUGUGAAUCUGAUCAUGAAGGUAUUCCAUCUGAGUUACCUGCACAACUGUGAGACUCGGCGUGGCCAGAUAUUGCUGUGGUCUGGGAGCAAGGUCUUCGAAGAGCUCACGGACAUAGAGAGACAGUUCCACAAAGCCCUGUACACGGUCCGAGCUUUCCUGAACUGUGACAGAUACUCGGUGGGCCUCUUAGACAUGACCAAACAGAAGGAAUUUUUUGAUGUGUGGCCAGUUCUGAUGGGCGAGGCUCCAGCCUACUCAGGUCCGAGGACUCCAGAUGGAAGGGAAAUUAACUUCUACAAGGUCAUCGACUACAUCCUGCACGGCAAAGAAGACAUCAAAGUAAUCCCGACUGAUUCGUCAAUAAAUGCCAAACAGCAGUCUCUGAAUGGGCGCUUCUGCUGGAGGAAAGAGCAAAGCAGAAAUGGGAUGUGGAGGUCUCCUUGGGCUCCUGAGACAAAUAACCUAUUGCAUUUUCUCUGCUGUUUUUGUUCACGGCAGAAAACCAGAGAGGUGUAUGGGAAAGAGCCGUGGGAAUGUGAGGAGGAGGAGCUGGCUGAGAUCCUGCAAGGAGAACUUCCAGACGCUGAGAAAUAUGAAAUCAACAAGUUCCACUUCAGCGACCUGCCCCUCACGGAGCUUGAGCUGGUGAAGUGCGGCAUACAGAUGUACUACGAGCUCCGAGUGGUGGACAAGUUCCACAUCCCACAAGAGGCCCUGGUGCGCUUCAUGUACUCACUGAGCAAGGGCUACCGGAGGAUCACUUACCACAAUUGGCGGCACGGCUUCAACGUGGGGCAGACCAUGUUCUCCUUGCUGGUGACAGGAAAGCUGAAGCGGUACUUCACUGAUCUGGAGGCCUUGGCCAUGGUCACUGCUGCCUUCUGUCAUGACAUCGACCACAGAGGCACAAAUAACCUCUACCAGAUGAAAUCACAGAACCCACUGGCCAAGCUCCAUGGGUCCUCCAUCUUGGAAAGGCAUCAUUUGGAGUUUGGCAAAACAUUGCUGAGAGAGGAGAGCUUGAAUAUCUUUCAGAACCUGAAUCGCCGGCAGCAUGAACACGCAAUCCACAUGAUGGACAUUGCAAUCAUUGCCACAGACCUGGCCUUGUAUUUCAAGAAAAGGACAAUGUUCCAGAAGAUUGUGGAUCAGUCAAAGACAUACGAGAGUACCCAGGAGUGGACCCAGUACAUGAUGCUGGAGCAGACACGGAAGGAAAUUGUUAUGGCCAUGAUGAUGACCGCCUGUGACCUCUCAGCCAUCACCAAGCCCUGGGAGGUGCAAAGCAAGGUAGCUCUGCUGGUGGCUGCUGAAUUCUGGGAGCAAGGUGACUUGGAGCGCACCGUGCUGCAACAGAAUCCCAUUCCCAUGAUGGACAGAAACAAGGCAGACGAGCUCCCCAAGCUUCAAGUCGGCUUCAUUGACUUUGUGUGCACCUUUGUCUAUAAGGAAUUCUCCCGUUUUCAUGAGGAAAUCACACCCAUGCUGGAUGGGAUAACCAACAACCGCAAGGAAUGGAAGGCGCUGGCUGACGAGUAUGAGGCCAAGAUGAAGGCGCUGGAGGAGGAGAAGCAGAAGCAGCAGGCAGCCAAGCAAGCUGCUUCCGGGACCCAGCCGGGAGGAAACCCCAGCCCAGGGGGCGCACCCGCAUCCAAGUCCUGUUGCAUCCAGUAGCUGAGGGCAUUGCUGGCAGGUGGCAGAGCCCUCAGGAAGGAAGAGGUCCCCCAGGCCAAUGGAAAGCCCCGUGUCUUCUUGGACAGUUAAAGAAGCGGGAGUUGAGAGCUGAUGGAAGAUACAGCGGGCAUCUAUAUCAUCAAGUGGUUUUAGAUGUUGUUUUUGUUGCAGUUUUGUUUGUUUUUUUCUUUUGUUUUAGACAAGGACUCACUGUGUAACCCUAGCUGUCCUAGAACUCGCUCUGUAGCCCAGGCUGGCCUUGAACUCACAGAGAUUCGCCUGCCUCUGCUUCCCAAGUGCUGGGAUUAAAGGCGUGCGCCACCA